UGGAGACGACACAUCAGUGCUGCUUUAUGAAACCCGUUGGUGUGUGUGUGUGUGAGAGAGAGAGAGAGAGAGUCUGAGUUUGUUUGUUCUUUCUUCGUCUUCUUCGAGAGGGUCUCGUGAAUUUCUGUUUGCAGUCCAGUCUGAGAAUUGCUACAGUAAAAAGAAGAGCACCCAUGGAAGAAAGAAAGGAUUUUGAUUGGUAAAUCAAUUUCCAUGGAGCCGUUUCUCUUCUGUAAGAGGUUAGCAUCGUUCUGUAUUUUACUGUAUUUAUCAACGGACCUUCAUUUCAUCUGUUAUGGAACUCUAUCCUAUUGAAUCUCCAAUACCCUUCAGCUUUUAAGCCUCUGUGAACGAUUUUCCUUGUAUAGAGAGAAUGACAUCUUUCAGUUUUCUGGGAAUUGGAUUAAGUUUCGCAUUUGGGUGUAUGCUUUUAGGGCUUGUUGCAGAGCUUUACUACCUUUUAUGGUGGAAGAAGAGAAUCUCGAGUAGAAUUACAGAAGACCAUUACAGUAGUAGCCAAAGUGACGUUGGUAAAAAACCAUCGCAUUUGUUUUGUGGACGUUCUUUACCUUUAAGCAGAUGCAUUGAGAGUAGUAGUAUUGGUGAUGAGGUGACUGAUCAGAUUUCGUCUACAGACGCCAUUGUUGAACAUGAAGGGGACCUUGAAUUGGGAAUUAGAGGAGUGGUGAAAAUGGGGAAUGGGGAAGAAGGUGCAGAGUGUGAGAUAAUGAGGAUGUAUAAUAUGUGUGGGCCACCUAGGUUUUUGUUUACAAUUAAGGAGGAGACAAAGGAUGAAUUAGUGGAAUCAAAUGAUGAUUAUGAUGAUAGGAAAUCAAGAACAAGAAGCAUGAGCGAUGCCCCUUUCCUUUCUCCGUUGGGUUCACCAGUACUGAAAACCCAUAAUCAUCAUCACCAUGGAUAUAAUAUGAAUCCCCUUUUUGAGCAUUUUACAGAGGUUGAAGAAGAAGUGAUGAACAGGGUGAGAUGUUCACCCCCUCCAAAGUUCAAGUUCAUGAGGGACGCUGAGGAAAAGCUGGUCAGGAAAUUGAUGGAAGAAGCUCAGAUUAAGAAAGCCGCCGCUGCAGGAAAAUGAUGAGACCAUAUCAUUAUCAUCAUCAUCACCAUCAUCGAUCAUGAAUCAUGAAAUCAUGAUCUUUCGCUCCCCCUUGUACAUUCAAAACCAAUCCCCAUUGAAUGUUUCUUUGGUUCUUCCCCAACCCAAAAUUAAGCUCACCAUUGAAGAAGAGAGAUUCUUGCUAUUGAUUCCUCAUGUUGAUUAUUCUUCUUAUUAUUAUUUCUAUGAUCAUUAAGACUCAAUUUGUCUAUGAGUGUGUUUAUGGAUUUGAGUUUUUUAUUUUGAA